AUGGGCCCUUUAGGUCUACUGUAUCUUUUAAUCUUUCUUGGGGAGAGCUGGGGACAGGAACAAAGGCAAAUAAUUUCGGCACCAAAAGUAUUUCAUGUUGGAGCAUCUGAAAAUGUUGUAAUUCAAGUUUAUGGAUACACAGAAGCAUUUAAUGCAACAAUCUGUAUUAAAAGCUAUCCAGAUAAGAAAUUUCAAUAUUCUUCAAGCGACAUUUCUUUAUCUCCAGAAAAUAAAUUCCAAAACUCUGCUAUAUUAUCAAUACCACCCAAACAAUUGCAUGAAGGCCAACAGCAAGCUUCAUUUGUAUAUUUGGAUAUUAUAUCAAAGCACUUUUCAAAAUCAAAAAAAGUGCCAAUCAUCUAUGAUAAUAGAUUUUUCUUCAUUUAUACAGACAAACUCAUUUACACCCCAGGCGAAUCAGUGAAGGUUAAAGUUUACCCACUGAGCGACGACUUGAAGCCAGCCAAAAGAGAAACUGUCUUAACUUUCAUCGGUCCUGAAGGAGUAGAAGUUGACACAGUAGAGGAAAAUGAUGAUACUGAAAUUCUCUCUUUUCCUGACUUCAAGAUCCCAUCCAAUCCUAAAUAUGGUGUGUGGACAAUUCAAGCUAAAUAUAGAGACGACUUUUCAAAAACUGGAAGCACGUAUUUUGAAAUUAAAGAAUAUGCUUCUAACUACAAGCAUGCGAUACCAAGGAAAUGUUGUUUUGAUGGAGCAUUUCUUCAUGAUGAUAGUUGCGAGCGCCGAGCUGCACGGAUUACCAUAGGUCCAAAAUGUGUCAGUGCUUUCGUUGAAUGUUGUAACCUCGUAGACAAGAUUCGUGCUGAACAUAAAGGAGUACAUUUGUCUGUGCCACCACUCUCAAAAGACUUUGAUAAAGAGAGUGAUAUUUUCACUGGUAAAUUACUUUAUCCUGAGGGAAGGUAUGUCAUCUCCGCACCAAGAGUAUUUCGGGUUGGAGCAUCUGAAACAGUUGUAAUGCAAGUUUAUGGAUAUACAGAAGCAUUUGAUGCAACAAUCUCCCUUAAAAGUUACCCAGAUAAGAAAUUUCAAUACUCUUCAGGCCAUGCUUCUUUAUCUCCAGAUAACAAAUUCCAAAAUUCUGCAGUCUUAACAAUAUCACCCAAACAAUUGCCUGAAGGUCCAAAUCAAGUUUCUUACGUGUAUUUGGAUGUUGUAUCAAAGCAUUUUUCAAAAUCCAAAAAAGUGCCGAUCACUUAUGAGAAUGGAUUUCUCUUCAUUCAUACAGACAAGCCUGUUUACACUCCGGACCAGUCAGUAAAGGUUAGAGUGUAUUCACUGGAUGACGACUUGAAGCCAGCCAAAAGAGAAACUGUCUUAAUUUUCAUUGAUCCUGAGGGAUCAGAAGUUGACCUGGUGGAAGAAAAUGAUUAUACUGGAAUUAUCUCUUUUCCUGAUUUCAAGAUUCCAAGCAAUCCUAAAUAUGGUGUGUGGACAAUUCAAGCUAAAUAUAGAGACGACUUUUCAAAAACUGGAAGCACGUAUUUUGAAAUUAAAGAAUAUGUGUUGCCACAUUUUUCUGUCUCAAUAGAACCAGAAAAUAAUUUCAUUGGCUAUAAGAACUUUAAAAAAUUUGAAAUUACUAUAAAAGCCAGGUAUUUUUAUAACAAAGUAGUCAAUGGGGCUGAAGUUUAUAUCAAUUUUGGAAUCAAAGAAGACUUAAAAGAUAGCCAAAAGCAGAUGAUGUCCAAAGCAAUGCAGAGCACAGUGUUGGUGGAUGGGGUUGCUCACGUCACAUUUAACACUGAAGCAGCAGUUAAAGAACUGUCGUAUUACAGUCUAGAAGAUUUAAAUGACAAGUACCUUUAUAUUGCUGUAACAGUCAUAGAAGCUACAGGUGGAUUUUCUGAAGAGGCAGAAAUACCGGGCAUCAAAUAUAUUCUGUCUCCUUACCACCUGAACUUGGUUGCCACUCCUCUUUUCUUGAAGCCUGGGAUUCCAUAUUCCAUCAAGGUGCAGGUGAAGGAUUCACUUGACCAAAUAGUUGGCGGGGUCCCAGUGAUCCUGAGUGCAAGAACAGUUGAUGAAAAUCAAGAGACUUCGGACCUGGAGUCAAAGACAAGUGUCACGCACGUCAAGAACGGAGUAGCUUCAUUUGUAAUUAAUCUGCCAGCUGGUGUGAUAGCGCUGGAUUUUGACAUCAAAACCAAUGAUCCAGAGCUUCCAGAAGAAAAUCAAGCCAAUAGAGAGUACCAAGCAAUAACAUACUCCUCUCUCAGCCAAAGUUACCUCUAUAUUGACUGGACUGAAAAUGAUAAAGCACUGUCUGUAGGAGAAUAUCUAAAUGUCAUUGUUACCCCCAAAAGUCCAUAUAUAGACAAAAUAACUCACUACAAUUAUUUGGUUUUAUCCAAGGGCAAAAUUGUACACUUUGGUACAAGAGAGAAGCUUCCAGAUUUAUCUUAUCAAAGCAUAAACAUUCCAGUGACACAGAACAUGGUUCCUUCAGCUCGGCUCCUGGUCUACUACAUCGUCACAGGAGAGCAGACAGCAGAAUUGGUGUCUGAUUCAGUCUGGUUAAACAUUGAAGAAAAGUGUGGCAACCAGCUCCAAGUCCAUCUAUCUCCGGAUGGAAAUGUGUAUAAGCCAGGCCAAAUGGUAUCUCUUACUAUGGAAACUGAGUCAGCUUCAUGGGUGGCUUUAACAGCAGUGGACAGCGCUAUCUAUGGAAUGCAAAGAACGGCCAAAAGGCCUUUGGAAAAGGUAUUUCACACUUUAGAGAAGAGUGACCUUGGCUGUGGAGCAGGAGGUGGCCGCAACAAUGCCAAUGUGUUCUACCUGGCAGGACUCACAUUCCUCACCAACGCAAAUGCAGACGACUCUCAGGAGAAAGAUAAAUCUUGUAAAGAAAUUCUUAGGCCACGAAGAACGCUUGGAAAUAGAAUAGAAGAAGAAGCUGCUAAAUACAAGCACCCGGUACUGAAGAAAUGUUGUUAUGACGGGGCCUCUCGUAAUAAUGAUGAAAGCUGUGCUCGUCGAGCUGAACGGAUUACUAUAGGUCCCAGAUGUGUCAGAGCUUUCAAUGAAUGUUGUAUCAUUGCAAGCCAACUUCGUAAUGAACACUCACAUAAACCUCUUCAAUUGGGGCGCCUGCACAUAAAAACCCUGUUACCAGUAAUCAAGCCAGAAAUCCGAAGCUAUUUUCCAGAAAGCUGGUUAUGGGAAGUUCAUCAUGUAUCUCAAAGAAACCAGCUGCAACUUAAGUUACCUGAUUCUCUAACCACCUGGGAAGUUCAAGGUGUUGGCAUUUCAAAUACAGGUAUAUGUGUUGCUGAUACUCUCAAGGCAAGGGUAUUCAAAGAUGUCUUCCUGGAAAUGAGUAUUCCAUAUUCUGUUGUACGAGGGGAACAGGUCCAAUUGAAAGGAACUGUUUACAACUAUAAGUCUUCUGGGAUGAGGUUCUGUGUUAAAAUGUCUGCUGCUGAGGGAAUCUGUACAUCAGGAAGCCCAACCCUUGAUCAUGAGAAGACAAAGCCCCUCAGAUGUCAGGUUCAGAGAAUAGAAGGCUCCUCCAGUCACUUGGUGACCUUCAGUGUACUUCCUCUAGAAACGGGACUCCACAACAUCAACUUCACACUGGAGACUGAAACAGGAAGAGAAAUCUUAGUGAAAAUGUUACGAGUGGUGCCAGAAGGUGUCAAAAGGGAAAGUCAUGCUGGCAUUACUCUGGACCCAAAGGGUAUUUACGGUGCCAUUAAUAGACGAAAAGAGUUCCCAUACAGGCUACCAUUAGAUUUGGUCCCCAAAACAAAAGUCAAAAGAACUGUAAGUGUAAAAGGGCUACUUAUAGGUGAGAUCAUGUCUACAGUUAUGAGUCAGGAAGGCAUCGACAUCCUGACCCACCUCCCUAAGGGAAGUGCGGAGGCAGAGCUGAUGAGUGUUGUUCCAGUUUUCUAUGUCUUUCACUAUCUGGAAGCAGGAAAUAACUGGAACACUUUUUAUCCUAACCAGAAUGAGAAAAAGCAAAACCUGAAGAAGAAACUGAAAGAUGGGAUGGUGAGCAUCAUGUCCUACAGAAAUGCAGACUACUCUUACAGCAUGUGGAAAGGUGCAAGUCCUAGCACUUGGUUAACUGCUUUUGCUCUAAGAAUAAUUGGGCAAGUAAAUAAAUAUAUAGAACAGAAACAAAAUUCAGUUUGUAAUUCUUUAUUAUGGCUAGUGGAAAAAUGUCAAUUAGAAAAUGGAUCUUUCAAGGAACAUUCCAAGUAUCAAGCAGUAAAACUACAGGGUACCUUGCCUUUUGAAGCUCAACAGAACACCUUGUAUCUUACAGCCUUCACUGUUAUUGGAAUGAGAAAGGCUUUUGAUAUAUGCCCCUUGAUGAAAAUCAGCACGGCUCUCACUAAAGCAGAUAACUUUUUGCUUGAAAAUACCCUUCCAGCCCAGAGCACCUUCACACUGGCCAUUGCUGCUUAUGCUCUUUCCCUGGGAAACACAGCUCACAGCCAAAUGCGUUCAAUUGUUGGAGCCCUGAAGAAGGAAGCUUAUGUAAAAGGCAAUGGACCUGUUUAUCGUUUUUGGAAAGGCGAUCUUAAGAGUGAAGACAGCUCUGUACCUAACAUGGGAACAGCACACAUGGUAGAAACCACGGCUUAUGCUUUACUCACGUGCCUGGCCUUGAAAGAGAUAAAUUAUGCUAACCCAGUCAUCAAAUGGUUGUCCGAAGAGCAGAGGUAUGGAGGCGGCUUUUAUUCUACUCAGGAUACAAUUAACGCCAUUGAGGGCCUGACAGAAUAUUCACUUCUGGGGAAACAACUCCGCUUGGAUAUGGAUAUCAAUGUCUCUUAUAAGAAAAAAGGUGACAUCUUCAAUUAUAAAAUGACACAGAACAAUUUCCUUGGGAGGCCAGUGGAGUUGCUUCUUGACGAUGACCUUGUGGUCAGUACUGGAUACAGCAAUGGCUUGGCUACAGUUCAUGUAAAAACUGUGGUUCACAAGACCAGCACUUCUGAGGAAUUUUGUAGCUUCCAUUUAAAAAUUGAAAGCCAGGAUACUGAAGGAUCUGAAGACAGAACCUACAGCACCUCCGAUUACAAGCGCAUAAUAGCAUGCGCCAGCUAUAAACCCAGUAAGAAAGAAUCACCAUCUGGAUCCUCCCAUGCAGUGAUGGAUAUCUCUUUGCCUACUGGAAUCAGCGCAAACACAGAAGACUUAACAGCUCUUGUGGAAGGGGUGGACCAACUAAUAGCUGAUUACCAAAUCAAAGACGGGCAUGUCAUUCUACAACUGGAUUCAAUUCCCACCAAUGAAUACCUUUGUGUCCGUUUCCGGAUAUUUGAACUUUUUCAAGUAGGAUUUCUGAGUCCUGCUACAUUUACAGUGUAUGAAUACCACGAACCAGACAAACAGUGCACCAUAUUCUACAGCACUUCCCAUUCCAACCUGCAGAAAGUCUGUGAAGGAACCACGUGCAAAUGUGCAGAAGCUGACUGUGGGCAGCUGCAGAAAGAAGUGGAUCUGACAAUCUCUGCAGAGACAAGAAAACAAACUGCAUGUAAACCAGAGAUUGCGUACGCUUAUCAAGUUCAUAUCACAUCCAUCACAGAAGAAAAUGUCUUCAUCAAGUACACUGCAACUCUUCUAGAUAUCUUCAAAGCUGGGGAAGCUGCCGUUGAGAAAGACUCUGAAGUCACCUUCAUUAAAAAGAUAACCUGUACUAAUGCUGACCUGAAAAAAGGAAGUCAGUACUUAAUUAUGGGUAAAGAAGCUCUCCAAAUAAAACACAAUUUCAGUUUCAAGUACAUCUACCCUUUAGAUUCUUUGACCUGGAUUGAAUAUUGGCCUUCAGAUGCAACAUGUCCAUCUUGUCAAGCAUUUUUAACUAAUUUACAAGACUUUGCCGAUGACAUCUUCUUAAAUGGCUGCUAA